ACUGCAUACUGUAUUUUAUUAAAUUUUCAUUAUUAUGCAUGUUCCUUAGUUUGGUACAAGAGUACGUUACGUUCAGUUAUCAGUAUUUGUUAUUUGUUUAAUAAGUUUGCUAAGUAUGGAAGAAAAUAUUACGGUAUUAUUGUCAAUUUUAAUUUUAGCAGUUUUGUUGUACUCACCGCUACCUACAGUGAAAACGGAGGACAUGAAUAACGAACUUGAGCCAUACAAGAAGACAUUAACUAAGGUCAAAGGAGAUGAAAAUUUUACUUGUCAUUCUGGAGGAUAUAAUUUUACUGACACUUGUGGAAAUGUAAAGUUUUGUAAAUGCGAUAAGAACGAUAGUCAAGGAUGCUUAUCGACCUCAUCGGAGUUGUUUGUAUGCGACUAUGAAUCUAAAAAUACCACGGACGAGGGCGCCAUUACGAAAGCAAACGAAAUUUGUUGUAACCUACACGAAAAUUUUCAAAAUGCCUCAAAACAUGAUAACCCUACUUCUACAAUUAAAUAUUCCACUUCACGUCCAACCCCUACAUCAACAACACGUGCCCCAAGAGUGACAUCAAGUUUGAAACCAACUUUGUCCCCAACUUCCGGAUCUUCUCCAAUUCCCCACAAAGGCUACUUUUCACUUCUGGUAGCUGCAUAUUUCUGGCCGACAACUCUCAUCCACGGAUUAGGAGCAGGCCUCACUGCAUUAAAUGCUGGCGAAAACGCCGAAAAAGUUGGGAUCAUUAAAAAGCUUCAGCAAAACAAGGAACUAAAGGCAGGAAAUUGUGGCCAAAAUAUAGUUUCGAACAUAGGAAGAUGUCCCAGUGGAGAAGAUAUGACGAGGCAGUGUGCUAUACUUGCAGGACUGAAAAGGCCAGAUAGCCCAAAGAACGGAAAUUGUGUUAAACCGGUUAUCAAGGGAACAAAGUACUGGUGCCAAAUUUUGGACAAAAACAAACUCGACGUAUUUGAUGCAUGUUGUUCCAAAAAAGGGGGUGGACAUGCCGUGUGGACUUGCUCAUGGGCAAUUGUUACAACUCCUACAUAGUGCAGAAACACGGGAAAUAAUCGAAUUGCAUGCCUUCUGUAUGCACUUGCGUAUAAUGCCAUAAAAAUAUUUUUAUUUAACAACUCUAUAAUGUAAAAAAAGUUAAAGAUCAACAUGCAAAUACAUUGACUCGCGCUUUAGAAAUGACAAUGAGAAGGUUAUUUACUUCCCUACUUGGUAAUAAAUUUAUUAAUUUACAAUUAAGGAUUUUCAUUAUAAUUAUUUCAAUUCCGUUAUAAGUUUCGUCUACUUGGUUUGACUGUAACGAUUGAAAUGUUGAUAACCUUAAUAAUCCGGAAAGGUCUCGUUUUCGCUUCAAGUUUAUUCAUUUCAGCAUUUUUUUGCAAAGCCUGCAUGCCAAUUCCGGCACCAUCCGUAGUUUGUGUUCGAUCUACGCCGUGGGUAAACGGAACAGGUGAAUAUAUGUAAAUCUCGAGUAAGUCGUGAAUCUCACAAUGUGUUAAAAAAAUUCUGUAGAUUUUCAGUGCUCACAAGGUGGAUUUAAGUAUCACUACCAAAAUGAGUGCAAAGUUGGCGUCAUUUGUACUUGCAGUAAAACUUACUGCGUUAGGAAUUCUACGUUGUCUUGUCCUCUGACUAAAGUAUUUAACAAAAAUUACCGAGCAUGUUUGGCAGCUGUCGCGAGAAAAUUUUGUUGUUAGCAAUGAUUUAUUACUUACAUAUGUAAUUGUGAAUAAAUUAAACAAGAUGUAAUUUUCGUAACAUUUUUAGUUUAACGGUCUUAUCCUUACACACAAGUAAGUAUUUACAUAUAGUGUGUAAAUGGUUGAUUGGUAUUAAUUUUCUGUUACAAUUAGCUGUUUUUCGACGCAAGCCGGUUUUCUGCACUUUAUGUACAUGUAUCAAUCAAGUACGUGCUUUACUCAUUUGUCGCCUCAUCUUUUUACAGGAGCUGAAGUAGUCGUGGAAAUCUUUUUACGCUUUCGACACUUUCUCCGAGGUUUUGACUUGCUUUUAGGCAGCGUUGAAUUUAUCACUGUGUUCAUAGCAUUGGUUUUAUUAAGCCUAAAAUUCUCAUCGAUGGCAUUCAAAUCAGUCUCAUUUGUUUCUGUGGUGUGAUUCAUCUUUGAUUUGGAAAUCUGUUUCGUGCUUAAACUUGCAUCAAUCUUGGGAACAAUACCUUUCCCUUUAUAUUUUUGUUGCGAUGCUACCUUAUCUUGUGGCUUGUUUAGUUUACUUUUGCUGGUAGAUUUCUUGGAGGAUUGAGUCUUUUUUAAACUCUUCUUUGUUUGGUUAUU